UUAUAUGUGUUACAUUCCACACCGCCGCAUAUCUUGUGUAUAUCAUACUUGCAUAUCUUGCUGACGUAAUCCACAUGUGGCUCGCAUUCCAAUUUGACAGCUGCGCAAUUGUGAAAUCCAUUGUGAACGGGCAUUUCUUAUAUUUUUGAGUUUUUGCGAAUUUAUAAAUUUGCCGGUCGUAAUUCAAGUGAAAAUUCGAGAAUAUAUUCAAAAAAUAGGAAGAGAAAAUAUGUGUGCUGCUAAAUUAGAGGAAGCGCUAAAUGAUUGUGUAAUAAAUUUCGACAAGCGUGUAUUGCUAACGGAUUUAAUAAAUGAGUAUCACAUGCCAAUUGAUGAAAUUAGUUCUACACUAACAAAAUAUUUAAAGCAACAAGAAAAGGAUGGCAUCAAGUAUGAAAAGCGGUUUGUUAUCCAUGGCCUUGAAAAGGAGGAUGCUAAUAAAGAGAUAUUUACUAUCGUCAAAGGCGAAGAAAAGUUGAAAGAAUGGUUAAGUAAAUUGGAAGAUGCCGAGUCCGCCCUUUACUCUGUUGAAAUAGCCGGUGGCGCAAAAGCGCCGGCUGAAGAUUUAAAACCGGUAACAUGGUGCGCUAUCAAAAUAGAAGACUUACAAACGCGUACGGGUGGCGCUAAACAAAUCAAUGGCCAUGUAGAAUCGACUAAAAAUGAAUCCGGCAAAUUGGAAAGUAAAAUAGAUGUUAAACCGGCAAAAGGAAUUGCGAACGCUUUUGCCAAAACUAAACAAAGCAAUACUUCAGAUAGCAGCUCUGCUACAGAUACUAAAAACAAAGAUGCUGGCUCGUCUAAAUCUAAGGCAGCAGCAAAAGAUAAACCAUCACCACAAGAUAAAGCAAAAAGCGAAUUAGAUGCUGGCAAAAAGUCACCACACAAGACAAACGAACAGAAAAAAAAUUCGCCAAAAGACAAAAAGGCUGCCGCAGCGACAGCUAGUGGUCAAAAAGGUAUCGGUAACUUUUUUGCGCCCAAAGGAAAACAAUCGGCGGAAACUACGAGUAAAGCGGCUACUGGUGUCAUCCGUCAAAAGUCGCCCAAGAAAUUGAAUGAUUUCUUUAAAAAGCAAACUGACAACAAAGAAACAGUCAAAAAAGAAGCUGAUAAAGCCAACACUUCAGCACAAUUGUUCGACGAUGAAGAUGAGUCGAAGGAGGAAAGUAAAAUGGAAGAGGACGAAGAGGCGCCAGUUGAAGUGCACGUCGAAUCAUCGGAUGAGGAAGAAGAGAUCAAUAAGCUGCGGCGCAAAGUAAAAGAAACCGAGAAAGAGGAAGCAGCUACAAGCAGUCGCAAACGUUUGCGUAUCGAAGAUUCAGAUGAUGAAGAUGAUGAUGUGGAACAAGAGGAACAACCACAACCAAAGCAAGGAAAACUCGAUACAGAAGAAGUAACUGAAAUAGCUGAUACACCGCCAAAAUCAGAAACAUACUUGGAUGAGGAUGGUUUUGUAAUUACGAUUAAGUCGAAAACACAUGCGAAGCCAGCAGUUGCACGUCAAAAGACACCCAAGAAGACAAGCCCAAAGAAAAGCCCGAAGGAAAGCAAAUCCAAGCCAACGCCAGCUGCCAAAACGAAGCAGGGCAACAUCAUGAAUUUCUUUAAAAAGAAGUAGUUGUUGAAAAUUUAAUAAUUAU